AUGGCUGUGCUCUUGUUGAGACAUGUUGGCUCUCAUUGCCUCUGUGCCCAUCUAAGUCCUAGGCUCUGUAACAGAAAUGCUGCUCUUCCCAUGGCAAUAUCCCUUUGGCACUCUGGUAUUGGUAUGACCUUGAGUACAGAGGUCUUUCUCUUUGGCUUGUUGGCCCUCUUGGCUCUUGGCAACUUUCAAUCUUAUUUGGAACUUGUAAAGACCCUGUGUCUGGGGACAUCACUGAUCUACACAGCCGAAUUUGUGCUUGUCUUCCCUCUCAUGUAUCAUACCUAGAAUGGGAUCUAACACUUGAUGUGGAACCUAAAGAAAGGCCUGAGGAUUCCCCAGCUAUACCAAUCUGGAGUGGUUGUCUUGGUUCUUACUGGAUUGUCCUCUGCAGGGCUGACAGCCAUGUUAAGAGCUGAAGAUCCUAUCAAUGUCUUUCUAUAA